AUGCCGAAGUUCCGCAGUGGGAGGGGAAGGGCCUCGGGCAAGGGGCGCUCAUGGGAAGCAAGGGCCCUGGCCACCGAAGAUGCGCUCGGCCCUAGGUGUGCAGGGGCUCCCAAGGUUCCAAGUCGCUCUGGGUCCGCUUGUUUCUGGCUGGAAACGCAGCGGCCUCGCUGCCAACGCGAGGGAGGGGGGCGCGGGCUCUGCAGCGAGACCCCCCUGCUCGCCUGCCUGCGCCUCUCCUUCCCACUCCCAGAGAGGCUGGGAGGGCCGCCCUGGCCCAGGCCCCAGCCGCCCGCCAGCCCGAGGGGAGCCCGCCCCCUAGGGGAGGGCGCGGCGGGUGCAGGCUCCUCGGCUCCCCUACCCCGGCCCCGCCUGGGCCGCGGACCCGGCAGGAGUCUUGGGUCUGUGCCUCGAGCCUGUCGGAGAGCAGUCACUAAAGUCCGAGCCCCUCUCUUGUGCCGCCCGAGGCGACCCCCCAUUCCCAGAACCGCUCGAAGGGAGGAGCCAGCGGCCGACGCUGAAACAGAAACGGCCACCGCCGCGGGAGCUGCGAGGUGGCGGUGGAACGGUGGAGUCAACGCGUGCGUCCUUAAACACCAGACUGUUUCCAGGCUUCUCCUGGAUUCCCGGGAGAACGCGAGCCCCGAGCAUGCUUUGGGGGUUCGCUUCGGUCCCUCGGCCCUCCCUGGGUCUCUCGAGGCCCCGCGCGGUCCCCACCCAGCAUUCUGGGACGUGUGUCAGGGCGGGAGCCGAGACCCGGAUGGCUCUUUGCCCGCCCCCCUCGCGCGUUCCACUCUCGCUCGGCGUUUGCUCUUUUUCUUUCUCCUUGGACACUCAGCCAAGGGAUUGCGCAAGCUUCCUGCUCCCGGUCCUUCAGGGGCCAGGAGCGGGGGGCCCAGACACGCCCCAGGGCGAGCGCGCCCUGCCCCUCCUGCACCCUCUCCGGGUCCCCUCCGCCCUCGCCGCGACCCCAGCGAGCUCGCGGCCUCGCGGGCGGCGCCCUCGGGAGGCGGCGUGGAGCGCAGCAGCUCCCCCAGCCGGACGCCGGAGCCGCACGCCGAACGCGCCGUCUCGCCGCCGGAGCCGCUGCGUUCUCCGGCUCCCUGCGCAGCCUCGAUGUGCCCCUGCUCAGCCUGAACGUCUCGGCCCUCCCCACUCCCGCCUUCGAUGCUGGGACCCCACCGAGUCCCCUCGGUCCCCCAGGCAGAUCCAGACAUGCCCUGCG